AUGAUAACAUCUGAUGUUGCCUUAGAAGAGGUACGAAAAAUAUUUAAAGGAAAAAAGGUACUCAUCAUUGGAGAUUCGAUCUGUAGAGAAAUCUACAAAGAUCUCUGUUGCUUAUUAAGCGGAAAAGACCGAUUAUUAAGUAUUGAUGAAUUACGUUUCAACAGACGCAUUAAUAAUAAAACAUUAUUUGAUCAUGAAAUUAUCGAAUGUUGUACAAUUGAUCGUACUAAUAGCAUCAACAACGUUGAAAAAAGAAAAUUUUGUUCAGCUGAAUAUGAUUAUCAUUUAGAUUAUUGGUUCUGUAGUCGUGUGUGGAAUAGAUCAAUUAGUAAUUCAUUAUCUUAUAUUGAACAAUAUAAUUAUAUUUUUAUGCAAAGUAUAAUAUGGGAUCUCAGUCGUUACAAUGAUCGCUACGGAAAAUUUUACUUAGAAAAUCUUGAUGUUUGUUUAUCAAAUAUGAAAAAAAUCAAUAAAAAUAUUACGUGGAUCAUUAUUCCACCAUCAGAUUCUUAUAAUAAUUUAAAUAAACAUAUAUUACAAAUGCAUUUACCAAUUUUGGAAAUAUUAAAAUUCUAUGAUUGUGCAUCGCUAGAUUUAUAUCAUUUAACAGUGUAUGAAUAA